CUCCAGCAAGUGCGCUUUAUCCUUCCUCUCCAAAGACGAGCCAGGUACAAACACCAGCUGACAGCCCACCGCCAACAGCCUUCAGCGAGUCAACCAAAUCACGGCCUCCAUCACUGCAGCUCCAGCUCAUAGAAUGAGUUACUACUUGGAUCCAGUUUCCUCUUGUCAGACUCUUCAACCGCCUGACUGUCUGGGUGUAAUGAGGUCGAGUGGUGGGAUGGCAGUGACUGUGGUUCCUCAUAUGCAGCCUCCUGUCGUGUGCCACCCUCAAAACCCAGCUCCACCAAGACCCCUGUAUGGCCAGCACAUCACCUUGCAGGAGGUGCCGAAUGGACCUGAAUACAGCCCGAACGAUCUGGAGUGUGCAGAUGUUCCCUUACUGACUCCAGGAAGUAAAGAAAUGAUGUCACAAGCUCUUUUGGCCACAUUCAGCGGUUUCACCAGAGAGCAACAGCGGCUUUCCAUCCCAAAAGAUCAUACGGGUUUAGAAAAACAUCAGGACCCCCGUGAGUGGACAGAGGCUCACGUGAGAGAAUGGUUGACCUGGACUGUAAAUGAGUUUAGUUUGAAGAAUGUGGACUUCCAUAAGUUCAGCAUGGACGGUGCCAAUCUCUGCGCAUUAGGCAAAGAACGAUUCCUGGAUCUGGCACCCGACUUUGUGGGCGACAUCCUCUGGGAGCAUUUAGAGAUGCUCCAGAAAGAAGACCCAAAGCAUUUCCCUGUCAACGGUCUGACCUCCAGUUUCCAGGAAUCCCGCUACCCCUCAGACUACUUUUUCAAUUAUGGCAUUGAACAUCCUCAGUGUGUCCCUCCGUCAGAGUACUCGGAGCCGAGCUUCAUCACAGAGUCCUACCAGACCCUUCACCCGAUCAGCUCAGAAGACCUGCUGUCGCUCAAAUACGAGAGCGAGUAUCCAAACGUUAUCCUGCGAGACACACCUCUCAAUCCACUGCAGGGAGACUACUUUUCAGUCAAACAGGAAGUUGUGUCACCUGACAACAUGUGUGUGGGUCGCAUAAGCAGAGGUAAGCUGGGAGGCCAAGAUUCAUUUGAGAGCAUUGACAGUUUCGAGAGCUGCGACAGGCUGACGCAGUCCUGGAGUAGUCAGUCGUCAUUCAACAGCCUACAGAGAGUUCCGUCCUACGACAGUUUCGAUUCGGAGGACUAUCCCACCGCACUGCAUGGACACAAACCAAAGGGUACCUUCAAAGACUACGUACGGGAACGCUCGGACCUCAGCAAGGACAAACCGGUCAUCCCGGCGGCUGCGCUCGCUGGCUACACAGGCAGUGGACCGAUCCAACUGUGGCAGUUUCUGUUGGAGCUUUUGACAGACAAAUCCUGCCAGACCUUCAUCAGUUGGACUGGAGACGGCUGGGAGUUCAAGCUUUCUGACCCUGAUGAGGUGGCACGCAGAUGGGGCAAGAGGAAAAACAAGCCCAAGAUGAACUACGAGAAGUUGAGUCGUGGUCUACGCUACUACUAUGACAAAAACAUCAUCCACAAGACGUCCGGCAAGCGCUACGUCUACCGCUUUGUGUGUGACUUGAAAAGCCUGCUGGGAUACACUCCCGAAGAGCUCCACACCAUGUUAGACGUGAAGCCUGACACGGAUGAGUAAACUUCAGACAAAAGUUUGAAAAAAAAAAAAAAAAAAAACAAA